CGUACUGCGUGCGUCUUUCGACCCUUUCCUCUUCUCAUUUCCACCCAUAAGGCUAUAACCAUAUCGAUCCAUCAUUCUCACGCGCAUUCUCGUUUGCCAACCAAUACGCUUACUUUUGUUUCAAAAUCAGUUCGACUUUCUCUAGAUAUUUUCUUUCUUCUGAAAAAAGGGUCGUUACUUCUUCCUUGGAAGCAAAUCUUUCCUUCCGCCGAGCGAGUCUUCGGAAUGGGAUUAGGGUUUUUGUCGUUCGGUCAAUGGCGGUGAUGCUUUGUGUACUAUACGUAGUUAGAGCGAGGUUACCUAGUUGGUCAGCUAAUUGAUUAUCUAGGGUUUGGGUUUUGAGAUAAUGGCCGAAACUUCCAGGGACAGAGUCACCAUUACUCUGGGGCGUAGUGGCCAGGUAAUAAAGAGGGCUGGUCAAGUAUCAAAUUCGUAUGCUGAUUCUCUGCCUGCAGCUGGUGCUAAGCGGUCUGUAAGAGAUAGAUUAGGAAGUAAUGUAGAUGGUUCCUUUUUGAAUGGAAGCGUGCUUAACAACAAACGACAACGGGGAGAUAUUAGCAUGCCGAGUUUGAGUGCUAAUGGUUUAAAUGGUAAUGUACGCAUUGGUAGAGAUGACCUCCGAUUUAAACUCAUGCAAAAAAAUGCAUCUAGAAGAGCUCAGGGUGACAAUGAUCAGAAGGGCGCUGACCUACGCCACAAGUUGUCUAAGGCCAGUCGGCCCUCGGUAACUACUCUUGAUUCAAGGCAGCGCCUUGCAGAACCAAAAGACACAGGUUUCUUGGGGCGAAUUCCUUCUACAAGAAGAGCAGAUGAUUUGCCUCGGAUGGACUCAGCGAGAACUUCUUACUCGACAUGGACUUUGGAUCAUUUGAGGAAAAGAUCACCUGAUAGAGCUCUAGGUAUAGGUAGCUCUAGGGGUCUCUCCCCACCUAGGAACCUGGAAGAACAGCAUAGAAGGCCAUUGAACAGGACAGCUGAUGAUGUAAGAUCAGUUCCGUUUGUGAGGAAAGAUGUUUUUGAUACUUCACGGCCUAUUGGUUCUGCGAAUUUAAUGUCAAAACCUGCAAUACCUCCCGUACUUUCCAAGCCUGUGCCGCCACCUCUUGGACAACUUCCUCCAUCGACUGGCAUUGGACAAAAGACUUCAUAUAUGGGAGAUGAGCAGAAAACUGUUGAUGGCUUGUUACACUCACUGGGAUUGGGAAAAUAUGUGAUUAUUUUCAAGGCUGAGGAAGUGGAUAUGGCUGCAUUGAAGCAGAUGAGAGAAAAUGACCUCAAAGAACUGGGGAUUCCUAUGGUAAAUUUUCUUUCUAUACCAUUGUUUCUCUGUUUUUUAUCAUUAUUUUUAUGCCUUGAUAGACAUUGUUCUGGAACUCACCUGGAUUAUAUGUAGAUGACACCUUAUUUCCUUGGGCCGCAGUUCAUUCGUGGACAGUUUUAGUUGGAAUCUGUAAACUGAUUUAAUUUUUUUAAUUUUCCUCUCAAAGUUCACAUUAAAUGUGGUAUCGGGUUUCUCUUUCAGCUGCAUCUUUAGUGAUAAGUGCUUUAAGAACAUUAAGUUUGAGAUAUAUGUUUGAUACUGUAUGGGUGCAGAUAUCAAUCCACACUCUGCUUGUGAUUUAAGUGACAUUUUUUUAUAUCAGUAACUAGCUUUUGAUUUAAAUGAGAUUGCAAAAAAAUCUAGAAAAAAAAACCCGUUUGUAUUUUUUUCCUAAUUAAAUUGCUAUUUAAAACAAAGUUUAUAAUGUCUCCUCACUGUGGGUUGCCCAAAGAAUUCCUUAGGAAAUACUUUUUGAGUUAUUUGCUUGCAUCUUUGUGUAUGGACCAACUUGAAACAGUUUUGGGAACAUGAAGAAAGAUUCUGGAAUGUACAAGAUAUAUUGAUCCCAAGUCCUUUUUUUUAUUGGCACUGAGAGUC